GUAUUGCUUGACCACCAAUCUGCAUAUAAACCACCGUGCUCGUGUUGCUGCCGCCCCACUAUCCUCACCGAGCGCGUCCCCCCACACCUCCCCGGUACUUUGUUUCUUCUAUCAUGGACAUGACCAACCUCGGCGGAGAGCGCGCGGGCUACGUCGGUCCCUCGAGAACCAAGAGCAACGGUAGCGGCCACCGCUCCAGUCCUUCCCAAAGUCGUGAACGCGGCCCGUAUGAGCAGACGUUGCUUACUCCCGUUGUGAGAAGCAAGCGCACGCCAAUUGCAUGCACGGAGUGCCGCAGACGUCAAGUAAAGUGUACCGGGGGUACGCCGCAAUGCGAGCGUUGUGAGAAAAAGGGGGUCAAGUGCGAGUACAUACCGAUACAGCAGCAGAAACUCGCCGCUGCUGCCGCGGCGUCUGCGCAACAAGUCUCCGCUGGAAUCACUCUCUCCGCCUACCCUGCCUCACCAACAUCCCGGUCGAUGUCCACCACUCCCUCCCCCUCGCAGCAUCCGAGCCAGAUGUUCCCCGGUACUGGCUACAGCGGCUACGUUUUGGAGCAGGGCGACUGGCAGAACGCACAUGUUUUACAAACGCAGAUGCAAGGCUAUAUGCCUGAGAUGGUGCAGUCGGCGCCUGCGGCAUUGGGCGUGCCACAUCAUGAAGUCUAUCAGCCGAACCCCUUGAGCGGUGACAUGCAGUGCUCAUCACAACGGCUGCAGACGCCGCAGACCUCGUCUCUUCUUGACGAUACUGGUUUCUUGCCGUACGACACGUAUAGCGGCAGCCGAAGUGCUGGAUUUUACCAAGGCUCGUUGGCGGAUUAUGGCGCGGGCGCAGGCCAGCCAUAUGUGCAGACGAUACCGUCUAGCGAGCAUGCAACGGAAUAUGCCUAUCAAGAUCAACACAGUCAGCAAGGGUUCUAUGCUGUCUCCACAGGAGUGAUGUCCCCCGAAAGCACGUACGGGGAAUGGAUGGACCCCACUCACAGCACAACCCGCGCUACCGCAAAUUUUGAGAACCUGUUUCAUUGUCUGGACAGCCAACAAUUAUCCCUGCUUCUUCCCCAACUCCAUACGUCGUUGCUAUCUCGCGCAAGCGUCUCCAUCUGAUGUUUCGUAUGAUUCAGGUUACCAUUGUAGCUAAUACUUCCUGCUGUAUCAUUAUAUUAUUCGCACUUUUGUUGACCGGAUCCCGCUGUAUUAUUAACCAUGCCACGAACGCCUAUAGAAUAAAUUUGGUGCUUGCUCAGCUUGCCUGGAUGACGCCCGUGGAGAGGGUUCUCUGUUAAUCAUGCAGUGAAUUUAUCCAAUGGGCAACAAAAACAGCUCGGUAAGCCUU